AUGGGCGGCUUCGAAUUCUGCGGCUUCUAUGAAGAAGUCGAAGAGAUUGCUAGUGAAUUGGCGAAAAGAUUACCACGUCUACCCCGCUUCAACACCGCAGAAGAAUUACUCAACACAAACCCGGAUGUGGUAAUGAUCCAUUCUCUAGACCCGGAUGUGCCGCGUUGGGCUCGCUUUGCUAUUAAUCAUCCGGCUCCCUUUAAGGGUAUGUUUUUGGAAAAGCCCGGUGCCGCAGAUCCGACAGACUUUUAUAAGCUGGCAGAAGAAAUUGAGGCUAAAAGACCUGGGCUUGCAGUGGAGCUGGGAUAUGAGCUUCAUUAUUCUGAAGCAUUGGAAUUUGCGCGAAAAGUCAUUCGUGAGGAUGUCCUAGGUGAUAUCACAACCGCUCGGUUUCACGGCGGUUGCCCAUCUGGCGCCGGCAUGGAUCUGUGGCAGUCUAUCCCCGAGGAUUUAGGAGGCAUUUUGCAGACAGAGGGAUGCCAUACUUUGGAGAAUAUAAUCGACAUCUUUGGUGCUCCUGAAAGAGUAGUCUCCUCAAUUCGUAAGCUACCGGAACGUCCACCACACCCCGUCGUCGGCUGGAUUCCGGAUUUGUUUACGGGGACCGUUACGACAGGCGAGUUUGGUGUGGGCACUUUAUUAUAUGAGGAUGUCUGCUCUGGUAUAAUGGAAUACCCGGAUAAGACAAUCGUAUUGGAUAUGACAGCCUGGGAGCCAACAGAGUGGUGUAACGAAUGGGCAAUCGAUAUAUACGGAACAAAUGGUUCACUUCAUGUUAUUCCCGAUUUCCCUGUAGGGACUCUGUACCUACGUAAAGCUCGAGGGAGCUUUGCGGCUGGCGAGACAAAAUUGUCGACAGAGUUUCCUCACGGUACAUCGAAUAUACCUUCUUGCUACCGCAAGCAGUUCCGGUCACUAUUCGAUCGUGUAAGAGGGAAGGAGCCUGUGGAUGGCUGCUGUGAUUUGCGGACCAACGUCAAAAUUUUGAAAGUGGUCGAUGCAUAUUAUAAAUCAGCCAACUCAAGACAAUGGGUGGAUGUCUAG